AUGGAGCGCCUUGCCCAAUCACGUCGACGAACGCAGAAGGUUUAUCCAUUCCGUCCUGCAUUCCCAACCCGCAGGGUGGUGGUGAAGGGGCCCGACCUCCUGCCGAGGAUCAGCGACGUCCGAGUGCGGCGAUUCGACGAGGAAUUCGGCCUCGACCAGGCGGAGGCCCUCGAAGUAUCAGACCACUAUCCCGUGGAGUUCACCCUCACCGUCUGA